AUGUCUAAACGAAAAAAUAAAAAUGAAGAAGAUGAUAAAGACGAUGAAGAAGAUGUUGAUACAACACAUAACAUUCGUCGAAUGAAUUCUCUCGAAGAAUCUACCGAUCCAAUUCUUAUCGUUCAGUCAUAUGAGAGUGGUUUAUAUAAACCUCGUGUCGGUUGGCAAUUUCGUUAUCGUGUUUCUCGUUAUAUUGAUUCAUUACGUGAAAAUAUUCGUGAAGAUCAAGAACGUUUAAAAUUAGGUUUACAAGCUAUUAAACAUAAAACACCACAAGUAUUAAGUGGUAAACGUAAACGUGUCUUAGAUAAACCACUUGUUCCUAAAGCAGAUAAAUUAAAAAAAGAAGACGAAGAAGAAGAAUUAUUAAAAACUGUAGAAGACAAUAAGCCUCAUGUUGGUUGGCGUUAUCGAUAUCGUAUAAAUAAAAUGGUUGAAGCUAAAAAACGUGGAGACUAUAUUAAUGAUAAACAAGAAAAACUUCAAGAACGUCUUGAACAAGAAACGAAACAAUCAAGUUCAAAAAAAUCUCAAGAUGAUGAACAUAUUCUAGGAGAAACUUGUUUUGAUCCUGAAUUAUGUCAAAUAAGUCCUGAAGGUCGUCGUGUUGGUUGGGCAUAUCGUUAUCGUAUUCGUCGUAAACUUGAUGAUUUAAAACGACAACAAGCUGAAACUGGAAUAACAUUUGAUUUACGUACAUUAAGUGUUAAUGGUGAAGAAACAGUUGAUCAACCAGAGCUAAAAUCCACAGAAAAGAAAAAACGAACUGAAUUCGUUGAAGAAAAAUCAAUAAACAAAACAAAAUCUGUUGGUUGGCAAUAUCGAUAUCGUGUAUCAAAAAUGCAUGAAGCACAAAAACAUAAUAAAUCAAAAACAUCAACAAAAAAAAAGCAAAAUAAAACAUCAACUCAGGAACAAAUUGAUCCAGAAUUAGCACGACUUACACCGGAAGAACGAAGUGUCGGAUGGAAAUAUCGUUAUCGUGUUCGACGUAAACUUGAUGCAUUAAAAGAAGAUGCUAAUCGUGAAAGUGGAAAACGUACUAAAAAAGAAUCAUUAUCAUCGAAAAGAAAAGAAAAAGAAAAACUUAAAGAAAAAGGUGAAGGAUCAUUUGAAAAAAUUCUUAACAUUAGCAAUAUUGAUGGAACAUCAUUGAUGGGAUAUUUUCGUCGUGCAUCAUCCUAUGUUUUAUAUGGUCUUUUACCAUCAGCAAAAAAAUCGAUUUGUCUUUUACCAUUACCUAUAACAUUUUCUUUUUGUAAAAAAGAAAAUACUGAACAAGCAGAAACAAUAACAGACAAAACAGAACGAAUUCGAAUUAAAAAAUUAAAAACAAGAAAGGAACAACGUGCUAAACAAUUUAUACGUUCUCAUAUAACGAAAUUAGGCAAAGAUGAUAAAGUUACUGAACGACGUGUUGAUGAAGCUAUGAAAGAUUUAUAUAAAAAACCCUCAUUACCACCUUUACAAAUACCACCAUCAACUCAAAAAAGCAAAAAAACUCGAAAAAAACAUCAUAAAAAUUCAUCUAAACGACCAAAUCAAGAUGAACAAAGAAAACAUUUUAAUAAAAAACAUAAAACAAAAAAACAGAUUGGAGUUGAAUCGAAAAAGAAUAAAAAUAGAAAACGUUCUCAAAUUAUUGGUCGAGAAGUUAAAAUUAAACAUAAGCACAAAUCUUGUCCGUUUGCUGUUACAAUAGCACCUCCAACUAAACCAACUUCUCAACCACCUUCGUCUUUUCAACGUCUUCGAACUCUUUCCGAAGUUAUCCGUGAAGAAGCGGUAACUCUAUUUGGAGGAACAUCAAAAUCCUCGAAAACACCUGAAGAUAUCAACGACAAAAUAAACGAAGCCAAUGAAAUUAUACAAGAACGUUCAAAAGAUCAAGCGAAAAAACCAUCACCACCAUCGACUCCUAUUGAUAGUACAAUAUCUAACAAAGAAGAUCAAUCGAUAUUAAGAGAUAAAAAUAAAAAAAAAACAUAA